GACGCUGUUCGCUGGAAAAAUUUGCACGUCUCGUGAAAAAAUUUUUAAAACGCCGAAUUUAGUGGAAAAUUUGAAAAAUAUUAACAAAUUUUAUGUGCCUUUACAUGCUAAAGUGGUAAAUUUGUGUUUGCAAUAGAAUUUAUUCAUGAAGAAGAAGAAAUUAUUGAUGAAAAAAUGUGUGCGAAAAUCUACUUAACAUGUAGAAGCUAGCAGGAGUCCCUGCUUGUACAUAUACAAAAAAAUUCCAAGUAUAUAAGGCGCCGUGCGAAAAACAGCAAAAAAGUGUGCACGCAAGUGGGAGAGGUAGUAGAAAAAGCGAGAGCCGAAUAGGAAACGAAAGCGUGUGCCGAAAACAGAGCGUAAACAAGUGCUGAAAGCAAAUAAUAAAAUAAUAACAAAACAAAAACAGCCGAGGAAUAGAGUAGCACAUAGGAGGCAACCGGCUAUAUUGAAAACGUGCGACGGCGGCGUUGUGAGUGUUGUGUUUUGUUUUCCACAACGCCAUGUCGCAAAAUCAAAACAAACAACAUUUACAACAACAACUUGAGCAUCACCAACUACAACAGCAGCAGCACCACCACCAUCAGCAACAACUUCUACACCAUCACCAUCAGCAGCAACAGCAUCAACAAAGGCAAUGGCACCAACAAUACCAACAACAACAGUUACAUCAUCAACAUCAGCAGCAGCAGCAGCAACAACAACAAGCGCAAUAUGCUGCCGCCGUGGCAGCGCAUGCACAUGUUGCUUCUGCUGCCGUUGCUACUGGCAUGAGGGGUGGUAAUGGAAUGCCCGGAAUGUUUGGAAAUAGUCUUGGUAGGGGUGGCUGUUUAUAUGAAACGAGUGGUAGUAGUCUCGUUGGUGGUGGCAGCGGCGUCGGCAGCUUUGACCUUGAUUUAGCUGGCCAUCAUGUGGGUAGUGGAAAUGCCUCUAUUGCGGGAACGUCUACAGCACCAGUUGUUGGUGUAAGCGUUGCUAGUGCGGUAGGGGGCGGUUAUAUGCCGACGCAUGUCAAUGUUUCUUCUGUCGCCGGUGGCGGCUACAAUGCCGGUAUGUCUGGCAUGUCUGCGGCUAGUGAAAGUGUAAGAAGAGCAAGUGCGGGAGGUUGUGUAUAUACACAGCAGCAACAACAACAUGCUAUUUUGCCACCGGAAAGAAUAAAAAUGGAGCCACUAGAACAAAUACUAACACCAACUAUUCAAAUGGAGGAAUUGAUUAUAAAGACCGAACCAACAGAUGAUGCGUAUAAUAAAGUUAGUACGGUCGAUGAAGCCAUAGCUACAGGAAGUACAAAUAUGCAUCCUAACGCUGGUUACAUGAAUUUUCCUAAACAUCUACAACCAUAUCCUCAGCACCAACAGCAACAGCAACAUCAACAACAGCAACAACAACAACAGAAACAACAACUGCAGCAGCAACAACAACACCAACAGCAGCAACCGCAACAGCAAAUGCUAUCGCACGAUGCUAUGGCUGAAGCCGGCUUGUUAACGGCAAAACUUGAACCGCAAAUAAACAUCAAAGAAGAGAUGCCUGAAGCUUCGCAAAAUAAGCCGCUCAAUUUCCCUCGCCGAAAAGUGCAAACGGAACGUUCUGACACCUUGCCAAUUUGCCAACGUUGCAAGCAGGUCUUCUUCAAGAAGCAAAGUUACACCAAACACGUUUCUCAGAGUCUCUGCGAAAUUGUCGAAUAUGACUUUAAGUGUUCUAUAUGCCCCAUGUCGUUCACGUCGAACGAAGAGCUGCAAAGCCACGAGCAACUCCAUCGUGAAAAUAUGUAUUUUUGUCACAAAUACUGUGGCAAAUAUUUUGACACCAUUGAACUGUGCGAGGUGCAUGAGUAUAUGCAACACGAAUAUGUCAAUUAUAUCUGUAAUGUUUGUUCUGCUGGUUUCGCCAGUCGUGAUUUGCUUUUCGCUCAUAUGCCGCAACAUCGCAAUCAACCCCGGUAUGAUUGUCCGAUAUGCCGUUUGUGGUUUCACACACCAAUUCAGUUGCAUCAACAUCGCUUAGCAGCGCCAUAUUUUUGUGGCAAGUUUUACCGUCGAGGAGGAAUGCCCGCUGGCGUCCCUUAUGGCUCGGUGCCGCCAUCAAAUGCAGCUAAUUAUAAUCUCCAAGACUGUUCGAUGGGCAUUAUAGAAACAGUGCCCGGCAGUAAUAGUUUUUCCUCAUAUCUGCAAAAUCGAGCCUUUCACCAUCAGCAUCAACAGCAACAGCAGCAUCACCCUCAACAGCAUCCACCUCAACAACAUCCAGCACAGCAACAACAUCAGGUGCAACAACACCUGCAGCGCCAACAGCAGCAGCUUCACCUUCAACACCAACCACAUCUUCCACCCCCACAACAACAUUCUACACCUGCUCAGCCAAAUUUCAUGCGCCGCAGUAGCAGUGGCAACAUUAGUGGCAGUGUAGGUGGCGCUGUCGGCAGCGCAAGUGAAUUUCAAAUGCCUCAAAUUAAAACCGAAAUAAAAAUCGAACCUGACAUCUUUGACUCGCCCGAAUAUCCUCUACAAACGCCUUUGCCACCCCCGCCUCCACCGCCACCUCCAUUAAGUGCACAAAAGUCUGCGCUGCCAUCACCAUCACGGCAGCAUCGUUAUAGCGAUUUUUCAAAUGAAUCCUUUGGCGGUGGUGGUGACAGUUCACUUUCGUUUGGCGGAUUGAACAACAAUAGCGGCGGUAGCAAUAGCAACAGUAAUGAAUUCUUAAAUAGCAACAACACCAACUUGCAACGUACCUUGAGUACCAACGACAACGGCAACGGCAAUGGCAAUGGCGGCAGCACAAAUCAGCAAACGCCAUUCAAUACUGGCAAUUUUCAUUUCCCAACUACACCGGCCAUAUCGCGUACGCGUGUAGUCGAUACGGGUGAGGAUGGGGCAGUAUGUUGUGUGCCACAUUGUGGGGUCACCAAGCAAUCCAGUCCCACUCUACAAUUCUUUACAUUCCCGAAAGAUGAAAAGUAUUUGCAUCAAUGGUUGCAUAACCUCAAAAUGUUACCCGAGCCCGGUUCGACAUACAGCCAAUAUCGUAUUUGUAGCUUACAUUUUCCAAAACGUUGCAUCAAUCGGUAUUCGCUUUGCUACUGGGCGGUGCCCACAUUUAAUUUGGGUCACGACGAUGUGGCGAAUUUAUAUCAGAAUCGCGAAAUUACCAACACUUUCACGAUUGGCGAUCGCGCGCAGUGCAGUAUGCCUGGUUGCCCGAGUCAACGUGGUGAGAGCAAUUGCAAAUUCUACAAUUUCCCCAAUGACAUGAAAACACGCAUCAAAUGGUGCCAGAAUGCGCGGCUGCCAGUGCAUAGCAGAGAGCCGCGCCACUUUUGCAGUCGUCAUUUUGAAGAUCGAUGCUUUGGCAAAUUUCGACUGAAGCCUUGGGCUGUACCCACACUUCACUUGGGCACGCCAUAUGGCAGAAUACACGAUAAUCCAGGUGUAUUCUAUUUAGAGGAGAAAAAAUGCUGUCUUCCACAUUGUAAGCGCACACGCUCGUCCGAUUUCAAUUUAUCUUUGUAUCGCUUCCCACGCGACGAAGUGUUGUUGCGCCGUUGGUGCUAUAACUUGCGCCUAGAUCCGGCAAUAUACCGCGGGAAAAAUCACAAAAUUUGCAGCGCACACUUUAUCAAGGAAGCGUUGGGCUUGAGAAAACUAUCACCAGGUGCAGUACCAACCUUGAAUUUGGGUCAUAACGAUCGCUUUAACAUCUAUGAGAACGAGUUGCCCACACCGCCAGUUGCGCCACCAUCCAAAGUUUUUAACUUCCAUAAUGUAUCUGCGCCACCUUCGGCCUACAACAGCCAUCGACACAGCGCUGCCUCGAGCAGCAGCCACAGUGAUAGAAUGUACUCCAACCCAGUUUCAGGGCUAAAGUUCAGCAUAUCAAAUAUUACAGCGAGUGAUGUGAGUGCCAUGAGCGCAACUUCCACUCAAAAUAUGCUGGAUAGCUUGGACAUAUGCUUUGUGCCAAGUUGCAAGCGCAAUCGCCACACAGAUAACGUAACACUGCACACCAUACCGCGGCGUCCAGAGCAAAUGCGCAAGUGGUGUCAUAAUCUGAAGAUCGGAAUCGAAACGCUACAUAAGGGUGUACGCAUCUGCAGCGCGCACUUUGAGCCCUAUUGCAUUGGUGGUUGCAUGCGCCCGUUUGCGGUGCCUACUUUGAACUUAGGACACGACGAUCAAAAUAUCUAUCGCAAUCCUGAUGUUAUUAAGAAAUUAAAUAUACGUGAAACCUGUUGUGUGCAAGACUGCAAACGGAAUCGUGAUCGUGAUCAUGCCAAUCUACAUCGCUUCCCAUCGAAUUAUGAAAUGCUUACCAAAUGGUGCGAGAAUCUGCUGAAACCAGUGCCGGAUGGUACCAAGCUUUUCAACGAUGCCAUAUGUGAAGUGCAUUUUGCAGAUCGCUGCAUACGCAAUAAACGUUUGGAGAAGUGGGCUGUGCCAACUGUAAAACUAGGACAUAUGGAGGAGCCCAAGCAUCGUUUGCCGACCGAGGAAGAGAUCGCUGAGCAGUGGCCUAAGCCAAUGAUGCCUAAUAAGGGUAUCGAAGAGGGUGAGUGUUGCGUGUCGACAUGUCGCCGCGACCCCAAAGUUGAUGAUAUCAAGCUUUAUCGCACACCCGAGGAUCCGGAUGCGUUGGCCAAAUGGGCGCAUAACUUGCAAGUGGAUACCGAAGACCUCACAACGCUGCUCAUUUGUAAUUUGCACUUUGAAGAGCACUGCUUUAGCAAAAAGCGGCGCCUGCACUUUUGGGCUUUGCCCACGUUGAAUUUGGCAAACAACGUGGAGCAAUUGUAUGAGAAUCCAGAGCCACUGGUACCCCAGGUGAUCAUGAAGGCGGAAUCAAAGCGCGAACGACGUCGCAUGCGCGAUCCCAACGAACCCUUGAAGCCAUGGACACCACGUUGCUGUCUGCCCCAUUGUCGUAAGCGGCGAGGUACGGACUGCGUGCAACUCUUCCGCUUUCCAAUACUCAAUCGCCCUAUGUUAGCUAAGUGGUGUCACAAUUUGCAGCUUCCUCUGGUGGGUAAUGGCCAUCGUCGUUUGUGUUCAACACAUUUCGAGCCACAGGUGCUCUCCAAGCGCUGUCCAAUACCAAUGUCAGUGCCUACGCUUGAUCUGAAUACGCCGCCAAGCUAUAAAAUUUACACAAACCCAGCUCGUCUGAAAGCUGUCAAAUUGCGCAUGCAACAAGUCUGCUGCAUUGCGUCAUGCAACCGCACACGCGCCGAUGGCGUACAACUCUUUCGCUUCCCACACAGUCGCACGGUUCUGCGCAAAUGGUGCCACAAUACGCGUCAACAAGCGCGCGAGGCCAUACGCGGCCAAUAUCGCGUUUGCUCGCGUCAUUUUGAGCCACAUGCGUUUGGCGCGAAACGCUUAAUGCCUGGCGCAAUACCAACGCUGAAUCUGGAUCCGGAAGUUGAAGACGUGUUUGCAAAUGAAGCGCAAAGCUUUGCUGAAACGCAAUGUGUCGUUAACGGUUGUGUCGCUAGCAAAGAGUUAGAUGGCGUGCGGCUGUUUAAAUUUCCCAGCGAUGAUGAGGAUUUGUUAUGGAAAUGGUGUAAUAAUUUGAAGAUGAACCCAAUAGACUGUCGGGGCGUACGUAUCUGCAAUCGUCAUUUCGAGGCAGAAUGUGUGGGUCCGAAGAUGCUCUACAAAUGGGCUGUACCAACAUUAGCUUUGGGCCAUAAUGAUGCGGAUAUUGAGCUGGUGCCAGUGCCAGCGCCAGAGGCUCGUUACAACGAUGUGGUCACCAAAUGUUGUGUACCAACAUGCGGAAAAACACGUAAAUAUGACGACGCGCAAAUGAACAGCUUCCCUAAAAACUUGCGAUUAUUCCGUUGCUGGAAACACAAUCUAAAAUUGGACUAUCUUGAUUUUAAAGACCGCGAUAAAUAUAAAAUUUGCAGUGAUCAUUUCGAGCCAGUCUGUUUGGGCAAAUUGCGUCUUAACUACGGUGCAAUACCAACGCUCAAUCUUGGCCAUGACGACAUAGACGACCUAUAUCCAGUUGACCCAGCGCAAAUACAAGUCUCGCUCUUCGGCAAAAUUCGUCCGCGCAUUGUCAGCGAAAAAGAUGCCGCUGAUUUUGAUGUGUCUGGUGUGGGAGCAGAGAAGGAGGAUGAAGUUAAAUGCUCCUACCCAGAUUGUAGUGCAACAAAAAUGCUGCUCCGCGAACCGUAUGAUAUGCCAGCCGCCUUACCGUUACAUGCGCUUUGGUGCGCACAAAUGAAAGUCGAUGCGGAAGCGCUUAGCGAAACCCCAAAGCUUUGCGGUUUGCAUUUUAUAAAACUAUACAAAUCUACUUUAGACGCGGCUAAUGCAUUGGCCGAUGGCGAUGAUGAACUGAGCGAGGCCAUGAAAUCUUUGGCGGCAACUUAUGAGAAAUGUUGUGCGUCGCCGACGGUGUGCAGCGCUCAAUGCAGUGUUGUCGGCUGUGGCAGCAAUCAAGUAAGCGGUAGCCGUACAGCCCAACGCCUCUACCUUUUCCCAGCAGCGGCAAGUAGUGGUACGGAAUUAAUUGAAAAAUGGUGCAACAAUGUGGGCGUUCAGGCGUCCGAUUUGAGCCGCUAUCAACAUAGAGUGUGCGCGCGACACUUCGAGCCGCAAUGUAUUGGCCCAACACAACGUUUGCGCUCAUGGGCCCUACCUACUUUGCAUUUAAAACACAAACCCGAGAGUGAAAUACAUUCUAUUCCGGAAUUGGGCAGCGCUGUACGUCCACAUGAAGCGCGCUGCUGUGUAGCCACGUGUGCACGGGAGCGCGGCGAUUUUGAAACAAUGCGUCUCUUCAGUUUUCCCAUCAUUGAAGAGGUUCUCGAAAAAUGGCUGCACAACCUGCAGUUGACACGCAACCAGUGCGCUCGUCUGCGUAUCUGCGAACAACACUUCGAGCCGCGCUGUAUUAUAAAGUCACGUCUAUUGCGUUGGGCAGUGCCAACAUUGCUUUUGGAGAGGAAGGCAGAGGAGCUGUUACAGAACGAACCAGCACCUGCUGCAGCACCAGCUACACAACCAACUGAUGAGGUAGAUGCCGCAAGCAACAUAGACGAUGAUGAGGACGAUGGCAGCGGCGAAUUAGCUGCAGUACCUAAUGUGAAGAUGAAAAAAUCAUUGGAUAUUGCCAAGUGUUGUGUGCCAAGCUGCAAACGCAGUCGCCUUCAACACGGUGUACGUCUGUUCCCGUUUCCAGUAAGCCAUCAAAUUAUACGCAAGUGGUGUUACAACCUAAAAUUGUCACUCGACAAAGCCACCAAAGAUCCAACAUUAAGAAUAUGCAGCUUACACUUUCACAAGCGUUGUAUCGACGGCAAGGAACUGCGGCCGUGGGCUAAGCCAACCAAUGCUCUUGGCCACAACGGUCCUAUCUAUGAGAACCCCAAAAACCUUCCGGGGGUCUUUCUGCCCAAAUGCUGUUUGGCACAUUGCCGUCAACGGCGUACACUGGAAAAUGAUUUACGUACAUUUGGCUUUCCGAAGGAUGAGACCCUUUUGCGCAAGUGGUGCGCGAAUUUGCGUAUGGAGCCACGAGGAAAUCAUGCGCGCAUUUGUAUGACGCACUUUCCACCCGAGGCUAUGGGCAACAAGAAGCUUCGAGCUAAUGCGGUGCCUACGUUAAACUUAGGACACAACGAACCUCUCGAAUUUGACAAUAAGCUUUUGAUUGCGACCUCACCAUCCGGAUUAAAGGCUAGAAAUCCUCUGGAGAAUAAGAAAGCGAGCCGUUCUGAUGACAGCAAUGCUGACCAGGAUGAGGAGGAUGAUGAUAAUGAGGACGACGAUGAUGAUGAUGAAGAUUAUCGCGUCGACGAAGAAGACGAGGAGAAUGAUUUCUAUGCUUCUGCCGGUGUUGUCAAUAGCGAUGAAGAGGAAGAGGAAAAUGUCGAAGAUUUUACUCCGAGCGUUAGUGCCGCCACUAACGAUGAUGAUGAAAUAUACAGCAACGCCGAAGUUCACGAUAAAGCCAACUACAAUGACGACUCGGACGACGAUGAUGAUGAUGAAGAUGAGAAUAUUGAAGAUAUCUAUGGCAAUGACGACGAUGAUGACGACUCCGAAGAGGAUAAUGAAAGCGUUGCCGAAAAUGUUUACAACGACGAUGAGGAUGAUGACGAUGAUGAUAGCGAAAAUGAGGAUAACGAGGAAGACAAUAACGAAGACAGCAAGGACGCAGAGGUUGAUGAUGAUGAUGUGGAAAUGCUCAUCGACGAUGACGAUGAUAAGAGUAGCUACAAUGCAUGUGAUCCACUCGAUUUUGUUGAUUGUGUAAAUCAAAGCGAAGGUACACUGAAACGGGGAACGUCAAACGCGCUAGUAAAACGCAGUAGCAUGCGCGUAACAAGCAAACAUACACAAAAAAGACCAAUAUCCACUUCACCCACACACUUUGAGGAUGAUUCCAACACGAACUACAGCAAUGCGGAUGAAACAACACGUUUCACUACCACCACUUCCAACUCGCCAUCCGCUUCAGCGACCAUAUCGCCUGUUUCAGUUUCGGCAUCCGCAUCGUUGUCGACGGCACAUCAUUGUGGCGCAGAGAAAAUAAGUCGUUCGGUUUUUCGGCUUUCUUGCCUCAGACAUCGUAGGAAGAAGAAAGCUCCUCCAGAUCCGCCACCUGACCAACAAAGUACGCACAAAAGCAACGGUGCGCCGCAAACAUAUCAGAUGAUGAUGCGUAAGAUGCGUAAGUCACAUGGCGACAUGUGGCGGCGACGACGCGCUCAUUGUGCUGUCGAGCGUUGCAGACGCGCGCCUCGCGCUGGAGUGGCUUUGUACCGUUUUCCGCCUACAGGCAGCCGCUUCUGCCGCCGUUGGUGCGCUUUGCUGGGCGCAAGAACGUCAGAAGCAUCAAAUUUACGCAUAUGCCCGCGACAUUUUGCUUAUAGCUUAGUGGAUCGACGGCGCCGUUGCUUGCGUUUUGGCGCAAUGCCGACACGCCACUUGCAUAGUACCGCAAGUGCAGGCAGAAUCGCUGCAGUUAAUGCAACAACUUAUGCUUCACAAAAAAGUAAGAAACAAUUAAAAAAUUAUACUGAAAAAUCAAAACGCGCCACAGCGGAAUCGAAUCAAGCCCAAUCCGCGCAGCUUAAUGCUUAUAAUCGUUGCUGCGUACCGCAUUGCGGUAAAUCUCAUCAAGUUGAUGGUGUAACAUUGUUUCGCUUUCCUCGCCUGCGUUCACUUUAUCUGCAAUGGGCCACUUAUUUGCGGCUGGUGCCUACUUCGCGCUUGGUGCAAGUCUAUAAGGUAUGCAGUGAGCAUUUCGACCCCAGUUGCCUCAAUUACCAGCGCAAUGAUCGUGCAACACUUAAGUACGGUUCUGUGCCAACACUGAAAUUGGGCCAUGAGGAUGAUUUGAAAAUCUUUGGAGAUAAAAAUCUAUUACCGCAAAAGCGGCGCAAGGUUGGCAAGCGCAAAUGGUAUCCACAAAAGGGUGUAAACGAGUGCGCCGUGCACGAUUGCAAAGUGGCACAAUUUCUGCAGAUGCAACUUUUCCCAUUGCCCAAUUUACUAAAGUUACAAGAACGUUGGUGUAAUUACUUCAAUUUAAAUUUCAGCAACACGGGUGGCAAUGAGUCGGAGUUCUUCCAGAAUGUGCGCUUCUGUGCCUUGCACUACAUGGAAGGCUAUCAAAUGGCAACGCACAAUGAUGGCGCGCGCAAAGCCAAAUCCACCGCUUUAGAAGAAUUAGAGGCAAAUUAUGCGCGUAUCACGAGCUCAACGCGCAUUCAAAUGCUAAAAUGUUGCGUACCCAAUUGUUCGACGAAAUUCACCGACAACUUGCGUUUGACUGCGUUUCCCAGUUCGGAAGAGUCUCGCGCUAAAUGGCAACACAACACGCAGGUGUCAUUUAGUCCAUCGCAUCGCUAUCUGUAUAAGGUAUGCGCGCUGCAUUUCGAGGAACGCUGUUUCGCUAAAAAACGCCUGUUCAUGUGGGCCAUUCCGACACUACAUCUUCCUAAAGCGCUGAAUCAGGAUCCAGAGCAUAAGAUAUUUGAGAAUCCCAGUGUGGAUGUUGUAGGCACUGCGCAUUGCUGCGUCGAAGGUUGCGAAAUGGACGCUGAGAAACAGGGCCAAGCAGCAAAUAACGAGGGAAAAGUGGGCGGCACGAACGCGCGCUUAUGGCAUUUUCCGCAAGACAAUGCGUUGCGUGAGAAAUGGUGUCACAAUUUAGGACUUAGCGCACAAGACAUAAGUCAUACAAGUCGUCGCUGGCGCAUUUGCAGCCGUCAUUUUGAGACGUAUUGCAUUGGUAAGACGUUGCGAAGCUGGGCGGUGCCAACACUGCAUUUACCCAAACCAGACAAGCAUGCAAAGUCCGGCAAACGCUCCACAUAUAUUUACCAAAAUCCCGACAGUGCUGCGUUUUUUUAUAGCUGCUGCAUUAAGACUUGCCGUCAACAGCGUGAUGUGGAUGCUGGCAUACGCCUCUACGGUUUCCCCAAAAAAGAUACAAUGCUGCAAAAAUGGGCGCAUAAUGUGCGCAUGCCUGCCGUGAAAUGCCGUUACGCACGUAUUUGUACACUACACUUUGAAGCACAAUGCUUACGUCCGCAAAUGCAGCCCUGGGCGUUGCCCACAAUCGAUUUAGGACAUGACGAAGCGGAUAUAUUCCGCAUGCCGAAGGUAAGGCUAAUGGUGACGAAUGAACGUUGCUGUCUGCCGCACUGCAAUAAACGACGUAGUCGCGACAACGUACAUCUCUUCACUUUCCCACGCGACAAACAGGUGUUGGAUAAAUGGUGGCACAAUUUAGCGAUUGGUGUGCAGGAUGUGAAGCGGCGACUGAUUUGUGACUCGCACUUCGAGCCGCGCUGUAUUAGCAUGCGCCGACUGAAACGAUGGGCCAUACCAACUCUCAAUUUGGGACAUAAAAACGAAACGCUGGAGAACCCAACUCCCGCUGAAAUACUGGCUAAUGAAAGUACCGCAUCAUCACGACGCUCACAAACACCAUCGAAGAUGGCACGCACGAAAAAAAAUCAACUAGCGCUUUCAGGCAUUACACAGAAAUGUUCCAUAAAUGGCUGUAUGCGAGAUGCUGACUCUAGCUUGCUUUAUCGCUUCCCUACACCGGAUUGGUUGCGACAGAAAUGGUGUGAAAAUACUCGGCUAACUGAGGAGGCAGCCAAGCAGGCAAUGGUUUGUGCACGUCACUUCGAGCCGGACGUAAUGGGCAAUCAUAAACCGCGACCAUGGGCACUGCCCACUAUGGAGCUGGGCGUAGAUGAAAACGGCCUACCUUUGCAGCCUAUACACAUGAAUCCAAAGCAAUUUGCGCGCGUCCAUCCUGAAGAGCAUGAAUGGGGCGAGUUAAGAUAUGUGCGCGCCAACCAUUGCUCCAUAAUCUCCUGCAUGAAAUCGAAGUCGGACGGAGUGACACUAUUUAACUACCCCACAAAGCGCCAUAUGUUGGACAAAUGGGCCGAGAAUUGUCGCCACUACCCGUAUCAGGCCAAACGCUAUCGAUUCCAGCUAUGCGGCGCACAUUUCACCGCCGAUUGUUUCAAACGUGAAGGCACACGUUUGCGCAAAGGCUCUGUACCAACACUCAAUUUGGGUCAUGACGAUCCGCAGAUUCAUCAGAGUGAAUUCGAAAUUGCCACAGUGCCACAAAUUGACGAGACACCGAUAAAGCGUUGCAGCGUGCCACAAUGCAAUCGCACACAAGAACACGAUGGCGUGCGGCUCUUCAAGUUUCCUUAUGAACGCGCUGAGGUUUUGGAAAAGUGGUGCCAUAAUUUGCAUAUGAACGCUGCGGAAUGUCAUCAUGCACUUAUUUGCAAUAUGCAUUUUGAGCCACGUUGCAUCGGUGGCGGCCGUUUGUUGCUGCGCGCCAUACCGACGAUGCUACUGGGGCACAAUGAUUCGGAUAUCUUCCAUAACCCAGAGUCAUUUGAGCGGCCAGAAAAAUUGAUAAGCUGUUGCGUGCCUGGCUGUAGCAAUACCAAACAAACGACAGGCGUGCAAUUGAGCGCCUUUCCAAAGUUUCGCAGCCAGUUUGAGAAAUGGGCGCACAAUUUGCGUUUGCCAGUUACAUCAACCGUUUGGCAUACCUACAAAGUUUGCAGCGAACAUUUUGAGAGCUAUUGCUAUGAGCAUGGGCGUAUAAAAGUCGGGGCGAUGCCGACGCUUAAACUGGGGCAUGAUAAUACCAGUGAUUUGUACACCGUAAGCGAAGAGACGAUGAGCCAUGCAUUUAAGCGCAAGCGCGUGGCUCCUAAGAAUGAAUCGCCAAGAGCGCCGCAGGAAGUGUGUUGCUAUCCAGAUUGCAAAGAGAUGGAAUUACGUUUGACGAACCAGCUCUUUGAGCCCCCUAAAUUAGAUGUCCUUAGGCGUAAGUGGUUUGAAAGUAUUGGUUUGUGCGAUGAGAAGGAAGCUGAUGAAAAGUCUAUGGCCAAUAAAGAAGAGACAGUUAAGAUGCCGGAAAAUAUAGUCGCAGUAAAAACUGAAGACGGAGUAGAAAUCAAGAAAGAGGACGAAGAUAAAGUUGAAACGUCAUUUAAACCUACUAAAAACUCUCGCAAAUUAUGCCCCAUGCAUUUCAAAUUACUCUACACAAAACAUAUGCCCACGCUUACGUCGCUGCGUGCUGAAAAUCAACCGGAAACUAUGAAAUGCCUUCAAAAGCUGGAGGAGACCUUUACAAGAGUCUGCGAUUUAUCAUGCGUACGCCGCAUUAGCUGUGCCGUACCCGGUUGUAAUUCAAAUUAUCUCACCACCGAGUCUGUCAAGUUCUUCAAAUUCCCCGAUAAUCCGGAGUUGCGAGCCAAAUGGUGCCACAACACCCAAGUGACGGUCGAUCCGGACCGACUGUAUUGCUACAAAAUAUGUGAUCUACAUUUCGAGCCGAUCUGUGCUGGUAAACCGGAUAAGAAGUUGCAACGUUUGAAAAUGUGGGCUAUUCCAACACUAAAUCUACCGCCACGCGUUGAAGGGAUGCCCAAGAUAUAUCCGCUACCAGCACCCGAAACUGUAGCCGAUUCAAAACGUGCUUCAUUGCUUUUGCAAACGGCAAUUAACAAAUGUUGUAUACCGACUUGCGUGCAUGCGAAAACACCCGAAGAGCGCGAAGAAAGCGCUGAAAGCGAUGUACAAUUUUUCAACUUUCCCAACUAUGCCGAACUGCUCUACAAAUGGGUAUACAAUACACAAAUUAGUAUGGUGUCAGCUACGCAUGCGCGCAUAUGCUCACUGCAUUUUGAAAAGCACUGUAUUAAUAAGCGUUUACGCAUGUAUGCAGUGCCCACAUUGCUUCUGGGUCAUAAUAAAACCGAUAUCUAUCAGAAUCCGUCGGACAAAAGAAUGCUUGCAGAAGUGGAGAGCAAACCAGAAGAGACGGAGAAGGUGGUCAAGGAUGAGAGGGUGAAAAAAUCCGAGGUUAUUAAAGAUAAAACCGAUACAUCUCAUGAACGGGAGUCACGCCAAGCACUCAAACCUGCAAGUGCGGAAAAAUCAGAUAAUAAGCAGCCUGUUGAACAUUCAAUUGCGUUGAAAGAAGAAGCGAAAGAGAUCGCGAACAACAGUAAAGUCGUUACGCCUGUAGAAACUUCAACGCAAAAACCAUAUCAUAAACCAUUUCCACUAAACAUAAAACAAGAAAAAGAUCUGGACGAAGCCGAGGAGGAUAUCGAGAGUCAAAUGAAACAAGGAUUGCUUGAUAUGUUCAAUAGCUUCGGUGACACGGGUGACCAAGAGAAUGAGGACGCCGCCGAUUUAGGUGAGUCCACGCAAGUCGAACGCAAUACAGCGCGUCAUUGUCGCAUUCACGGUUGCGAUAGCUACGCACGCGAUCCCGGCGUCACGCUCUUCAAAUUUCCCUUUGCUCUUGAUCAGUUCCGUAAAUGGCUACACAAUACCCAAUUGGAGGUGGACUAUACACGUCGUUGGCGUUAUCGCAUUUGUCAACGUCAUUUCGAGCCGAUUUGCCUACAAUUUCGCAAAUUGCCGCUCGGCUCCAUGCCAACAUUGAAUUUGGGUAGUUCGCGUCCGUUGCACAUUUACGAAAAUGAAUUCGAUGCAAAUUGUCUAAAGAAAUAUAAAACUAGACCUCAAGCAGCAGCUAUUGGUACCAGCAUUAGUGAGCUAAACGAAGAAGCCGAAACGAGUAGUUCUUUCGCAGCUGCUAUUCAUCAUGAAAAUGCGGACGCUGGCGAGCAUAGCGAGAAGUAUAUGGACUUCGUAAAUAACACGCCGAUAGACCGCGAUACCUCGCGCCAUUGCCGCAUUCCCGAUUGUGAUAGCCACGCCAAAGAUCCUGGCGUUACGCUUUUCAAAUUUCCACUCUCCGAAUACCUCUUCCGCAAAUGGCUACACAAUACCCAACUUGAGGUGGACUAUUCGCGCCGUUGGCGCUAUCGUAUUUGCCAGCGUCAUUUCGAUCCGAUUUGCAUGCAAUUUCGCAAAUUGCCUCCCGGCACAAUGCCAACACUAAAUUUGGGUCCUUCGCGCCCGCCACGCAUCUAUGAAAAUAGUUUCGAUAUAAAUCAUUUAAAGAAAUUUAAAACUAAACCGCCGGCCACAGCAAGAAAAUCAAAAAUUUCUACAAAAUCAAUUACGACACCAAAUGAUGACUUCAACGAAGAAUCAGAAACAUAUGCGGCUGCUAACAAUACACAAUUGAUGCCUUACACAGGUGCAGAAGGAUUAUCAAACACAAGCGGUUCACAGUCGCCGCUACUAGCUUGUACUAUACGCAAUUGCACGAGCAAGUAUCACGAACUGCACGAAGGCAUACAUCUGCACAAGUUGCCGACGAAUGCUAUGUUACGCGAGAAGUGGAUCUACAAUUGUCGCUUCGAUGAAGACACCCUUUUCAAUGUGGGACCACGCAUACGCAUUUGCACACUCCAUUUUUCACCCAACUGUUUCUACGGUGUUAAACGCCAAUUGAAGCUCGGUUCGGUGCCCACUUUACGUUUGGGCCACACGGAUCCCAAUAUCUAUUCAGAUGGUUUUUCCAAUUCGAAAGAAACAAUGCUAGACAGUCAACGUUCACGGCAAACGCAGUUAACAUCAGAAACAGUACAUGAUAUUUGCUGUCUAAUCAACUGCAAGCACAGUAGACGUGAGUACACGCGGCAUUUUGCUUUUCCAACCGAGAAGAAAAUGCUUGAUAAAUGGCUUAACGCGCUCGGCAUGGAGUUUAAUAGUUCACGCCCAGACGAUUACAAGAUUUGUGAAUGGCAUUUCAAAACAACCGAUUUUGAUGGUGAAGUUUUACGUGCCGACGCGGUACCCACGCGUUAUUUGAAGAUUGAUGAAAUGAAUCAGACGGACGAUGACUAUGAUAAUGAUGAUGAUAUGGAUGAUGAGUUGGAUUGGAAUACAGCCGAGGAGCCGCUGGAUGAACGACCAUCGACCUCCGCGGCAGCAGCUGCCGUAGCGGCGACUGCUAACAACUCUGGUGGCUACAAUAAAUUGAUUCCUGGCUCACGUAGAUGCUGUCUGGCACAUUGUCGUAAGCAACUGUUUCAAGAUAACGUGCGCACAUUUAAGUUCCCUACAAUGAAUGAACAAUUCGAGAAAUGGGUACAUAAUUUAGGCAUUAAAUACGAUGGGGAUGCACCUUGGCGCUAUCAAAUUUGCAGUGAACACUUCGAAAGUCAUUGCAUUAUACAUUACGAAAACAAAGCGAAAUUGUUUAGGUGGGCCGUACCCACCUUGAACUUAGGCAAACAUGCGCCAGCUAUUCUAUUCACAAAUGACAAGUCUAAAAAACAACAACAACAACAUCAAAAAGAACCCGAUUAUGAUCGAGUUUAUAGAAAUGCUAAUGCAGGAGUCUAUGCUGAGGGCUCACACAAUGAGGAGACAAUGGACACGACAAAUGAUGAAAGCUCCACCGCGUUGCCUAUGGAAAUGCCAAAGCAUGUGGCUUACCAGCAAGAAGAUAUGGAUUUGCUUGCACCAAUUGAACGCCAACCGCCCAAAUUAAGCUCCAUAACGAAACGUAGUACUUACGCUUAUACAGCAAGCGAUGAAGAUGGCGAUGAUUACGGUGAUGAUGACGAUGAUGAUGAUGAUGCAUAUGAUGGUGAAAAUUCACUAUUGAAUGUUAUACGCGAAGAAAAGCUGAAUCCCGUGAAAGAGCGCGCGCCACCUUCGUCAUUCUUCUCAUUGACGCUGGUGCGUGGCGGUUCCGCAAAAAUACGUGCUUGCUGUCUGCCACAUUGCGGCCGUACACGUCAAUCCGGUGUACGUUUAUUCCGUUUUCCAACGGAGCCCGUCUUCCUGCAACGUUGGGAAUAUAAUCUGCGCGUGCGCUUCAACGAGACGCAGCGAAAUACCCAUUUGAUAUGUAGUGCGCAUUUCGAACGGGGACAAUACAAUAAACGCUUAGUGGUAGAUGCUAUACCAACGCUAAACUUGGGGCAUAACAGUACCGAUAUUUAUCGAAAUGGACAGUAUGAUCCAUUAAAAAUGAAUAAACGUGCCGUAUCACCAGCACGAAUGCAGCCUACAAGCAGCAUGGGCAGCUUGAUAUCCAGCCAAAAGCCACUCAAAUGUAAUGUACCCGCUUGUGGUGACGAACAAACAAAGCGGCGCCUAUUCCCCUUCCCCAGCAAUAAUAUAUUCGUUAAGAUAUGGGCCGAGCGCACACAAAUCGCUUACGAUGCGCGACAACAUGCUGAAUUGCGCGUAUGUGAAAUGCACUUUGAAAGCGAUUGUUUUGGUGGGCAAGGUCUGAAUAGCAAUGCUGUGCCUACAUUGUGUCUGCCAGCGCCAAUGGCAGUUCCAACGGCUCCAUUGGCACCGGCACCGGCACUGGUUGCACCAACUACAAAAAUUGUGUCACCCAUUAGCCGAUCAAUAGCACCCCUCACGGCGAUGCCAAAACUCAGCGCAAUCGCCUGCAGUGUAAUCAAUUGCGGCAAUAAUACCGCUACACGCCCGGAUUUGAAAAUAUUCUCGAAAUUCCCAGACGAUUUUGAAUUAUUCACCAAAUGGUGUUUCAAUUUGAAAAUCGAUCCACGCACCUAUGUAGACGGCAGCUAUAACGUAUGCAGCGAACAUUUCGAGUCCUUCUGCAUCGGUGGCCAUAGUCUGCGAGUUUGGGCUGUACCAACGCUGCGUUUGGGGCACAAUAGCAAGCUUAUACACAGUGUGGAACGGCCUGCGGAAAUGGAAAUGAAGUGUUGUCUGCCGCAUUGCGGACGCAAGAAGAGCAAAGAUGGAGUCGAGUUCUACAGUUUUCCCAAAGGUGACCUCUACCGGCAAUGGUGUCAAAUACUGAAAAUCGACGAAGGUCUCUACCGCAACACGGACAAGAAAAUAUGCAGCGCCCAUUUCCGCCCUGAAUGUUUCAACAGUAACGGCAGUCUAUCCCUGGGCGCACGUCCAUCCCUGCAACUACGUAAUCGCACCGCCACAGCCACAGCGCAUAUACUCAAACCACCGGCGCCGUAUCGCAGCAAAUGCAUAGUGCGCAUAUGUCAUGAAAUGCAACAACUCUAUAGUUUUCCCGCACAACGCAACCUUUGCACAAAAUGGUGUCACAAUUUGAAAAUCGACUACUAUCCCAAAUUGCAUGAGAAUAUGAAUUUCAAAAUCUGUCGGCGUCACUUCGAACCGAAUUGUCUGUUGAGUGGCGGAAAAUUACAUGCCGAAGCAGUGCCUACCGUACAGCUGGGACACAACGAUAUGAACAUUUAUCAAAAUAUGGUGGGAAUGAAGCAUAGCGCUAGCACGCCCAGCUAUGAUGAUAACAGCAGCUUGCGCACCAGUGUCAGUACUGUGCACACUUGGCUGAUGGACGUCGAUGCGGAGACGAAUGCCCCAAAUGUGCCGAAUGUAGGAACGAGUGGAAUGGCACGCAUGGAACCGCCCGUUGAUCUUGAACCAAUAACAGUGGCGCCAGAGGUUGUUACCGAUGAUAAUAUCGAUUUGACUGGCAGUGCGUAUAUGCAAUUGGAAGAUGACUCUUAUUAUGCGGACUUUGAAGAGCAGCGUUUGUUGCCACAAAGCAGCACUUUUGUUGCAGCUGAGAGUACGGAAGUGAUCGAUUUGGAUGCUGUGGAUGCGGUACAAGAGCAAUUUCCCAAUUGGUCACAGCGCGAUGCAGUGUUGGUGGAUGAUGACGACGAGGAUGAUGAUGCGCUGUUGUGGCCGUUGAAUUGAAUAGUUUUAAGGAGUAACAGUAAAAAUAAUGAAGUUUAGUUAGUUAAGUCAAAAGUUGCAAAGAUAAGCAGAAAAAACAGUUAUACUGAACAAGAGAAAGAGAGAGAGGAAGAGAGGAAAAAUAUGAAAGUGCGUGAGUAUCAUACAUUAGACAUAAAGAAAGAGAGAGGGAGAUAUAUAUAGUAUAUAAGGCUGUAAGGCAGCUUAAAAUUGCAAAUGCAAAUAUGUGCAUGACUUUUGAUUUUUUUACAUGUCUACUUUACUUUGUAUAAAUGAAUUCUUAUUUAAGCUUACAAAAUAUUUUUUUUUUGUUUAUCUAACGUUUCGUUUCAACUUUCAAUUAACGUUUUCUUAGUUUCUAAAUGCAUUCGUAUUUACAUAUUCCAUUUUGACCAUGAAAAAUGUACUAAAUUUUUGUAUUAAUGCAAAUAAAAUUAAAAAAAAAAACAGCGAGUAAAAAGCCUACCUAGGAAAAUUUUAAAAUGAUUGGGAUUUGCAUUAAAAAGAAUUUGCUAUAAGAAAAAGUAAAAAUUUAUGCAACGAAGGUGUUAAAGCAGAUAACAAAAAUUGCAUUUUAAGAUUAAAACGCGUAUUAAUUAAGCAGCUUUAACAACAAAUAUUGAAAAUUAUUAGUUAUGCAUGCGUUGUGUACACAAAUAUUUAAUCAGUGUUUUUUUCGGUUUUCGAUGUGCUUUUUAACGUAAGUUUUUUUUAUUUACCUUUUAAAAUGAA